AGACAUCUACAUGUGGAAGAGGAAGAGAGAGAGAGGAGAGAGAGCGUGUACAAAAUUGACCUUUCACUCUCUGUGGAUCUAGGGUUUCACAACAAUUGAGAGCCACCGCAUCGUCAUCUUCAUCGCCGUACUACAACUACAACUACUAUCAAGAAAUCAUCUAAACCCUAGCUUUAAUCUUCUCUUAAUUCUCUAUACUGAAAACAACAACGACAACAAAAAAUUCUGGAUUUUAAUUCUUCUUCAUCACCAUCGUUAUCGUCAUCAUCUUCUAUAAAAACCCUAAAAUUCACUUUCUUUGGUAUUCUUUGGGUAAAUCUGAGAAAAAAAGGAAAAAAAAAUGUAUAAAUCGGUGGUGGUAUUGUAUGAAGGAGAAAGAGUGGUGGGAGAACUGGAAUUGUUGUAUGGUGGUGAAAACGGUGUCGUAUGGGGAGAGAAGGUAUUAAGGAUCUCUCACUAUUCGCCACCAAGUGAGCGGUGUCCACCACUGGCAGUACUACACACAAUUACUUCAUCAUCUACUACCGGAAAUGGAAUAAGCUUCAAAUUGGAACCAACAAAAUCAAAGUCGCUGUCCCCAGACUCGCCGCUCUUUCUUUUGCACUCCACUUGUCUCAGAGAUAACAAGACUGCAGUAGUGUCACUUGGAAGAGAGGAGCUUCAUUUAGUUGCCAUGCAGUCUAAAAAUUUUGGCGGACAGUGUCCUUGCUUUUGGGGAUUUAAGGUUGCAUCAGGGCUUUACAAUUCUUGUUUAACAAUGCUAAACCUUAGAUGUCUUGGCAUUGUAUUUGAUCUUGAUGAGACACUCAUAGUUGCCAACACAAUGCGUUCAUUUGAGGAUAGAAUAGAGGCCUUGCUACGGAAAAUAAAUUCAGAGUCAGAUCCGCAGCGUGCCUCUGCUAUGCUGGCUGAGGUCAAGCGUUAUCAGGAGGAUAAGAUUUUUUUGAAGCAAUAUGCCGAAAAUGAUCAGGUUAUUGACAACGGAAAGGUGAUCAAAUCUCAGUCUGAGGUUUUCCCAGCGUUGUCUGAUAAUCACCAACCUAUCGUCAGACCCCUGAUUAGGUUGCAAGAUAGAAACAUUAUUCUUACUCGUAUAAAUCCAAUGAUCCGCGAUACUAGUGUUCUUGUGAGAUUGAGACCUGCUUGGGAGGAUCUCCGAAGCUAUCUGACUGCAAGGGGUCGGAAGCGCUUUGAAGUUUAUGUAUGCACAAUGGCUGAAAGAGAUUAUGCUUUAGAAAUGUGGAGGCUUCUUGACCCAGAUUCAAACUUGAUUAACUCAAAAGAGCUCUUGGAUCGUAUUGUCUGUGUUAAAUCUGGUUUGAGGAAAUCUUUGUUCAAUGUAUUCCAAGAUGGAAAUUGUCAUCCUAAGAUGGCAUUGGUGAUUGAUGAUCGCUUGAAAGUGUGGGAUGAGAAGGAUCAACCACGAGUGCACGUUGUUCCUGCAUUUGCUCCAUAUUUUUCCCCGCAAGCUGAAGGCAACAAUUCUGUUCCUGUCCUUUGUGUUGCCAGAAAUGUAGCCUGCAAUGUCAGAGGUGGUUUUUUCAAAGAUUUUGAUGAGGGCCUAUUACAACGAAUAUCUGAAGUUGCUUAUGAAGAUGAAAUUAAGCAAGUUCCUUCUGCUCCAGAUGUUAGCAACUAUUUGAUUUCAGAGGAUGAUCCUUCAGCUGUAAAUGGGAAUAAAGAUUCACUUGGAUUUGAUGGCAUGGCUGAUACUGAGGUUGAAAGGAGACUAAAGGAAGCAAUGUUGGCUUCAACAAGUGUUCCUUCUCAAAUGACAAAUUCGGAUCCAAGAAUCGCACCAGCUCUCCAGUACCCCGUCCCACCUGCUAUUUCUCAAUCGACAAUUCAAGCGCCAGUGGUCCCUUUUCCUGCUCAGCAUCUCCCUCAAGUGACUUCUGUUCUUAAAGCAUCAGUGAUUCAAUUAAGUCCUCAGGAUACAAGCUUGCAAAGUUCUCCUGCUAGGGAAGAGGGCGAGGUACCAGAAUCUGAACUAGAUCCUGAUACAAGGAGGAGACUGCUUAUAUUGCAACAUGGUCAAGACACGAGAGAUCAAGUAUCAAGUGAACCACAGUUUCCUAUGGGGACUCCAUUACAAGUGUCUGUACCACCGCGGGUGCAGCCACACGGUUGGUUUCCGGUGGAGGAAGAGAUGAGCCCUAGACAACUUAAUCGAGCCUUGCCUCCCAAGGAAUUUCCUUUAAAUUCAGAGUCUAUGCAUAUUAACAAGAAUCGGCCUCCUCAUCCACCUUUUCUUCCCAAAAUAGAGACCUCUGUCCCAUCUGAUAGAGUUCUUUUUGAAACCCAGAGGCUACCAAAAGAGGUAAUCCCUAGGGAUGACAGGAUGAGAUUUUCUCAGUCACAACCUAGUUUUCAUCCAAUGCCAGGUGAGGAAGUCUCCUUGGGUCGGUCAUCUUCCAGCAACAGGGAUCUUGACCUUGAACCUGGACAUUAUGAUCCAUAUUUAGAAACACCUGCUGGAGCUUUACAGGAUAUUGCAUUCAAGUGUGGAGCAAAGGUGGAAUUCAAGUCAGGUUUGCUUUCAAGUCCAGAACUGCAGUUUUCUGUGGAGGUGUGGUUUGCUGGAGAAAAAAUUGGAGAAGGAAUUGGCCGGACGAGAAGGGAAGCACAGCGUCAGGCUGCUGAGGAAUCUCUUAUGAAUCUGGCAGACAAAUACUUGUCACGUCUCAAACCUGAUCUCAGUUCCACAGCAGGGGAUGGAUUUAGGUUUCCAAAUGCAAGUGAUAAUGGGUUUGUUGACGACAUGAGUCCUUUUGGGUAUCAAUCAUAUCUCAAGGAGGAUCGUGUGUCACAUUCAUUUGCAUCAGAGCCUUCCAGAGUGUUGGAUCCAAGGCUGGAGGUCUUGAAGAAGUCAGUGGGUUCAGUUGCCUCCCUUAGAGAACUGUGUGCGAUUGAAGGACUUGGUUUGGCAUUCCAAACUCAGCCUCAACUUUCAGCUAAUCCAGGGAAAACUGAAAUAUACGCCCAGGUGGAAAUAGAUGGACAAGUAUUUGGCAAGGGAAUUGGUUCAACAUGGGAUGAUGCUAAAGCACAGGCUGCUGAAAGGGCUCUAGUUGCUUUGAAGUCAGAGCUGGUUCAAUUUUCUCACAAGCGUCAGGGUUCUCCGAGAUCAUUGCAGCAGGGAUUCUCCAAUAAAAGAUUGAGACCCGAGUAUUCUCGGGGUAUGCAGCGACUACCAUCUUCUGGUAGAUUCCCAAAGAACACUUCUGCUAUGCCAUGAACUGUAUAUAAAGAAAUCUUGACCUCCGCUUGUACAUCAACUGCAUGGAGAUUGUAAACCUGGGAAUGUAUGUCACUGUGAUUUGUGAAGCCAAUUGGGAUCUUUACCACGAAUCGCUCUCCUUGCUGUUCCAGCUCAACUAUAUCCGGAUGCACUCCCACAACAGAAGCAAGUCUCUGGACUUGCAGAGCAAAUUGAAUCCACCUCUUGGGAGCCCAGCUAGGUGGAUUCUCUACCCUUUGCAAGCAGAUCAAAUCUGUAAAGUGUGGAUGUCCUGUGAUUUUCCACGGGGAUUCUGACCCUGAGAUUCGAAACCAACUUAGAGCUUGGAAUGAGGUCCACUUCAUAAGCCACAUACUUGGGGUACAUUUGGAUAGGCAAAAUAGUGGUGGGAUGUAAAGUUGUAAUGGCUAUGCCCAAUGGGUUUUCUGGAGGACACUUCAAUUUUGACAAUUUCAUAGCUAAUUGAGGGUACCUUUUCUUUUCUUUUUCGGGCGUCUCUCAAUACCAAAUAGGAUAAGCGGAAAAUUUUGUGAAGCUAUAAUUAGCUUAUUGUAGUCUAUUUUUUGCAUUUUUCUUUAGUCCUGAGAUACAAUUUACUGUCCAAUGUAACCCUGGAUAACUGAUCAAUACAUCUUUUAAUUUCUUAUUCA